AACUCAAUCAUCAUGACGUACAAGCAGCGAAAUUUGGCUAUGAUGGGCUACCGUUCCGUAGGAAAAUCAUCCCUCAGCAUACAGUUCGUUGAAGGACAGUUUGUUGAUUCGUACGAUCCUACCAUUGAAAAUACUUUUACGAAAAAGACCCGCAUCAACCAAACAGACUACGAGAUUCGAUUGGUUGACACGGCCGGACAGGAUGAGUACAGCAUUUUUCCCGCACAGUACAGUAUGGAUUUUCAUGGUUACGUGCUGGUCUACUCGAUCACUAGCCAGCGGUCGUUCGAGGUGAUAAAGAUCAUCUACGAAAAGCUGCUCGACAUGAUGGGAAAAGCAUAUGUUCCGGUUGUGCUAGUGGGCAACAAAACAGAUCUACAUCAGGAACGUGCCGUGCCUAUGGAAGAAGGACGAAAGCUGGCCGAUUCGUGGAAGGCACAGUUUUUGGAAACUUCUGCUAAACAAAAUGAGGUAGCUAAAAAUGAGCCAAUGCGCCAGGAACCGUUUACAACACCUUUUUCCUUAUUACUCCUUCUUGUGCAGUCCGUGAACGAUGUAUUCUCCCUGCUGAUUGCACAGAUAGAACGUGAUAAUGGCAAUACGAGUGAGAAGAGUAGCUGUACCAUCUCCUGAACAGCUCUACGGAAGAAUGGUCUCAGGUGUUACGCAUAUACCCCCGGUGGUAAUGGUAAACGUCGAACUUACCUUACCCACCUUCAGCAACUGUAAACUGUAAGUGUAGAGUACCAAUUAGUGGCGG